AUGCAGACUGCUUCUACAAACAUUUGUGAAAGACUGUGUAAUAAGUCCAUCCAUGAAAUUUCCUUGCUGCUAAACAUUCCACGGUCAACUGUUAAUGGUAUUAUAACAAAGUGGAAGCAACUGGGAACAACAGCAACUCAGCCAAGUAGUGGUAGGAACUUUAAAAUGAGAGAGCGGGGGCAGUGUGUGCUGAAGCGCACAGUGCACAGAAGUCGCCAACUGUCUGCAGAGUGAAUAGCUAAAGACCUCCAAACUUCAUGUGACCUUCAGAUUAGCACAACAGUGCAUAGAGAGCUUCAUGAAAUGGGUUUCCAUGGCCGAGCAGCUGCAUCCAAG